GGCAGCGGCUUAAUCUUCGCCAACAUGCCACUCGCAAAAAGACUUGCUGCACCCGACCCCAGAGGAGGAGAGAGGAGGACGCACAAGAAGAAGCGUCUCGUACAGUGCCCCAAUUCUUAUUUCAUGGAUGUCAAGUGUCCAGGAUGUUAUAAGAUCACAACGGUGUUCAGUCACGCACAGACGGUCGUGCUUUGCGUGGGCUGCUCAACUGUGCUGUGUCAGCCCACCGGAGGCAAAGCUCGGCUCACAGAAGGGUGUUCCUUCAGAAGGAAGCAGCAUUAAGAUGUUUUCUGGAUGCUUUGUUAGAGAGAGAGGGAAGGAGACGGACCGGCCUCAGUGACAGCAGCCUGAUUAUUUCAAGCAAGAGAUGAAGUAGAUCCAAUCACCCGUAGAGGUCUGAAGAACUGUCAGGAACACCCUCCAACCGAGCCUCUCUUUUUUUCUCUCUGUCUCAGUCUCAAUAAAAUGUUUGGUCUA